GUGGAGGUGACAGGCAGGAGCCUGGAGCUGACAUUGAGCCCCCCAGUGCAGCCCAUGUCUUGCCCCACCACCCCUGACAGCCCUGUGGGGCUGAAGUGUUUUGCCAAAGCUUCCCACAACACCACCCCAACACCCACCUCAGGAUCCCCCACAUCAUCUACCCCACAGGAUGGAGGAGAAACCCCCUGCCCCCCCCAGGGAGGCCUGGGAGGAGGACAGCUCUUCCCAGGACAGCAACUCUUCGCAGCCCCAGCUCUUCUACGACACAAGCACGAUGCAGCCACUGCAGCUUGAUGCCAGCUGGUUGCCUAUAUACAAAGAAUCAGAGGAAGCUGUGGAUUUCAUCGUGGCGUUUUUCAGCAGGCUUGACAAGGACUUGCACAAGUUCACAUUUCUGAAGAGCACCUAUGUCCUGUGCAAAACUGCCUUGAAACACGGCAUGACCCAGGGCCUGGAUUUAUUCUGCCAAACAUGUGAAGUGGUAGAGAAUAUCAAGGAGCUCCUGGAAAAGGAGCCAAGGGACCGUCUGUCCUCACACAUCCGGUACCUCGCCAUGAUUACCAUCGAUGAAUUAUGCUUGGUGGAGAAUGUGUUGGAGGGCAAAACCAAAAGCCUCCUCUCUGCCUGUUUCUCCAGUGUCUUCUUGCUUCCCUCAGAAAGGGAAAUGCCACACCAGAGUGCUGCCCUCUACACCAAGACCCUGAAAUCCAUGGACAAAAUGCUGAGGACAGUGGUGCUCAGCUUUCCUGUCUCCAGUGUCAGCAAGGAGCUGCAGGACAUCUUUGAGCUGCUGCUGGAAUUCACCAAAUCCCAGAGGGAAGUUGUGCGGGACAGAGCUGUGGGGAGGAUUGGUAUCCUGACCAAUUUGCUGUCCAGCUAUUCCACUCUGAAGGCCUCUGUCAACAUUGGAAGAGACACUUCUGGACCCAUCUGCCCUGAGGACAUCUCAGUCCCAGCCAUAGGAAGGCUGGUGGGACGUCUCAUUCUUUUCCGAUAUUCCAAUGAACAAACAAGCUAUACAGCUUUCCAUGCUCUUUUUUCCCUUGCUGAAUUCCUCUACAAGGCAAGGCCAAGGGAUGGGUCAGACCAAUUCACUUGGGAAGCUGUGACCACGUCGUCGCUGUGUUCCCUGAGCACCAGAGACUGUACCCAGGCCUUUGGGAAAUACCUCCAUUCUAGAGAGAGGACAGAUGUCAUCCUCGAGGCCAUUGAGGCAAUGAGAGAUGCCAGCAUCCUUGACAAGCAGGUACCCAGCAGCAUGCUGGAUGUGGCCAUGGAAUACCCCGACUUCUGGCUGACAGAUGUGCCAAAAAUAGUGAACUGCAUCCUAGAAAACCUGCCAUACAUCACCACAGAGUCAGGCUAUAGGACAGUUGAGUCACUGUUUCUCCUGAUGACUCAUAACUAUGGCUCAGCAGUGGUCAUCAGCCUGUGUGAGAUGGCUCUUCAACAAGACAGCGGUGUGCAGGAGCUGUGCAACACUCUGUCCUCCAUGCCAGAGAUUCUGAAGGGGGUCAUAACAGAGUUUGCUACCUUGUUCCGGAACCAGUGGUGCAACCCUCCCAGAGAAGGCAGCCUCAUCUCUCACAGAGCUCCGUCCUCGGGGCAGAUUGACUUGGAGGAGUUGGGUGACAAGCACAAUGUCUGGAGUGAUCAGGGACAUCCUGAUGUGGUGAUGGCCUUCCUGAUGCUGGAAGUCCUCGUUGGGCUGUCGGAGAGAGCCGAGAUGGCAAAAGAAAUUGAAGCCUUCCUGCCAAGCCUGAUGAAAAUACUGGAAGUUGGCAGUGAAGAAGAGAAGCUGAAGAUCGUUGUGGUCUUCCGAAACGUCCUGGGCCAGAUGAAGAAGUCCAAGGCCAGCUCCAUGGCUGUGGCGCUGGUGGGGAAGAUCCUGCCCCUCUCUGACUCGGAGUGCGGCCGGCUGCGAGAGCUCUCCCUCUGGCUGCUCAGAGACCUGCUGAGGUCCGUGGUGAGUAGGGAUGAGAGGAGCAUGAGGAGGGAGAUUCAGAGGGCACUGAUCCCGCUCCUCUUCCGUCUGAACGACCAGCUGCCCAGCGUGGCCAAGGCCUCUGGGGAAGCCCUUUUUGCUGCUGCAGAGCUUCUCAAAUGGAAGGAGCUCAAGCACCUGCUGCAGAAAGAGCGGAUGUGGGAGCUUGGAGAAUGCUUGUUGAUGAAGAAGAGGAGCAGGGCUGAAGAGUACAUGGAACAGAGCCUGCCCUACCUGAGGGACCCUCAGUCCUCCGUGCGCCUGGCGGCCGUCAGGUUCCUGGGGAGCGCCACCAGGCACAUGAGGGACCAGGAUUUAGAGACUCAGGCUCAUAUCCUCAGUGCCCUUCAGCCCUUGGAGACAGACAGGGAUAUCUCUGUCAGUUCCCUGGCAGCCCACACGGGCUCCAUCCUGAGAGCUCCAAGGGUGCAGCGGCGAAGAUCUUGGGUCAUCCUACAGACGCUGUGCUGCUGGUGCCGGUGAGCUCAGCAGAGCUGCAGCUUUCUGUGGAUUAAUAAAGGUGGAAAAACACACCC